GCAACGCGGCCAGUAAGGAUGAACAAUUGCAGACGCUGGACAACGCCGAUGAACAUACGUCUGGCUGAGGAGUAGCCGUGGACCCUCUCGAAGCAUGUAAUCUCUGUGAUUUCCGUCUGCUAAUAUUGUGUGGCUACUGAGUACUGUGUUGAGUGUCCCACCUGACGGGUGGGGAUGUCGUCGCUUGGACAUCAUCUACAAGGAUCGCUGUCUGCCGUCGGGCGAGCAAUAAGCGUCCUUAAGAAUUCGACACAACUCGGCAAAGAUGGCGGACAGCAGCAAACCACCAAUCAAGACGCGGCAGAUGUGUGCGCUGGCGAAGAUGAUGACAAACAGGAAGUCUUCCAGAGCCAAGUGACUAAUAUGGAUACAUCUGCGAGGUCAAAAGUCGACCUUGUGCUACAAUGGGUGAAGACCAAUCUCCUUCUCGCACUCACGAUUGGUGGCGUGCUGGUAGGGGUACUAGUUGGGUUCCUGGGUCGCCUCGCCAGGUUUUCCGACGAAUCCAUCAUGCUCGUCUCUUUCCCUGGAGAGAUCCUCAUGCGACUGCUGAAGAUGUUCAUCCUUCCUCUCAUCAUCUCGUCUCUUGUCUCAGGAAUGGCGCAGUUGGACGCCCGGUCCUCAGGGCGAAUGGGUUCGAGAGCACUGUUGUAUUACAUUACCACCACUAUCUUGGCGGCCAUUGUGGGCAUCUUCAUGGUGCUUGUUAUCCAUCCAGGAGACCCGAGCAUUAAGACGCAUGUAGAAGGGGGAUCCACGGACACAAAAGUAUCUACACUGGACGCUAUAUUGGAUAUAGUAAGGAAUCUGUUCCCGGACAACCUGAUGCAGGCAUGUUUCCAGCAGGUGCAGACUACUUACAAAAAGGUACACAAGCCGCUUGUUUUCCACGAGCCCAACUCUUCCGAUGAUUCGUCCGUGUUCAUUCUCAAGCCUCAACUAGUGUACAAAGAUGGGACCAAUGUCAUGGGAAUGAUCGUGUUUUGUUUGGCAUUUGGACUCCUGGCAGGGCAGAUGGGGGCCAAAGCCAAGCUCAUGGUGGAUUUUUUCGUUGUGCUUAAUGAUAUCGUGAUGAAAUUAGUGGGCGUAGUCAUGUGGUACUCCCCAUUUGGGAUUCUGUGUCUGAUCGCUGGGAAAAUUAUGAGUAUCGAGAACCUGGCGGCUACGGCGCAGCAGCUUGGUUUGUACAUGAUCACCGUCAUCUUAGGGCUGCUGGUCCACGCCCUCGUCACUCUGCCCGGCAUCUACUAUGCGUUCACCCGCAAGAACCCAGCCGUCUUCUUCCAGGGAAUGCUGCAAGCCUGGGUCACCGCUCUGGGCACGGCCUCGAGUGCUGCCACCUUGCCCAUUACGUUCCGCUGCCUAGAGGAGAACAACAAGAUAGACGCUCGUGUGACCCGGUUCGUAGUCGCAGUUGGUGCCACUGUUAACAUGGACGGCACUGCACUUUACGAAGCUGUCGCUGCCAUAUUCAUAGCCCAGAUGAACGGAAUUCCUCUCGGAAUCGGAGAAGUCAUCACGGUCAGCUUGACGGCAACGCUGGCGAGUGUGGGGGCAGCGUCUAUCCCCAGUGCCGCUCUUAUCACAAUGUUACUCGUGCUCUCAGCGCUAGGUCUGCCAACCUCGGAUAUAUCCCUGCUGUUCGCUGUCGACUGGCUUCUGGAUCGCCUCCGGACUUCCAUCAACGUACUCGGCGACGCUUAUGGGGCCGGAAUAGUGUACCACUUGUCGAAAGACGAACUCGACCGUAUGGACGCAGAACGCAUCGUUGAUGCUGCCGAGAGCGGACUGGCAGUCGGUGUCAAAGCUUCUGAAACAGCUGACUGCAUUAGUCAACCUAUACCUGCAGGUAGCUCUGAGACACAGAUGUGACAAGAAACCAAUCCCAGCAUCUCAGUCGGCUAAUGCAUGGUCAUUCAGCGACAUGACGGGCAAAAUGGAUACUUUAGCAUCGACCGCUAUAUCAACGUAAACACUUGUAAGGUCUGAAACUUAUAUAUGGUGGAAAUGCCAAGAAAUUAAUAUGAAAAACACUAUAGCUUAAUGAAUUAUUCUGGAAGUAUAAUAAACUAUUCAUUAACAUAUUUAUGCAUUCAUUGAUAGGUAAUUACAGUGAUAUCAUUAUUCUAUUUUCGAGAUAUUAUUCAUUAACUUGCAUGCAUUACUCGUUCUACUUUUCUUGCAGAUUGCUUCAUUUGUGUUUACAGUUACUUUAUGCAAGAAAGUAAAUUAGGCUCAAGAGAUAAGCGACUUUAUGAGAUUUAUAACUUUCCAUCAAUCCCACAUAUAUAUAAUCAUGCAUUUAAGAAUCAAAUAAAAGUAUUUAUCUCAAUGAUUUAUAAUGUAGCAGAUAGAUUUUGUUAGUCUUACUUGAUUUACUAACAAACAGCCGGUGUAGGGCUAUAACAUAUAUAUAUAUAUCUUCAUAACGAAUACUCAUAGUUAUUUCCUAGUUGCUUUAUUUUGAAAAAUUAUAAUGCUCUAUAGUAGAUACCCAUGAGCAAAUGCAGUACAAAAUAGUAGGCAUAGAUCCAUGUUCAAUUCAUACGAUUAUAGAUAUAUAUAAACAUAUAUACACAAUUAUACUCAAAUUAGUUAUAUCUUAAGAUGAGAUUACAGCAUUACCACCAGAAAAAUUUUCAAGCUCCAGGUACGAAAAUUACACACAAAUAUAGACGUAUAUCUGAAAUUACAUUUCAAAAAAAAAAACUGUAAUUCAGUCUAGAAUAAUUAUUAUAAAUCGAAAUAUUCUACAAAAAAAAAUUUGAUAGCGCGGACCCUGCCACAAAUAAAUAAACAGCUAAUAGAAAGACAUUAAGAAAGCUUAAAUAUAAAUAUGGAAUAUAAUGGCCCUACAUAGCAAAAAUUUAUGAAAUGAUUAUCAAAAGCAUUUUAUAUUAUAAUUUCAAGUAUCAGUUCUAUACACGUUGAACAUCUGUAUAACAUUUAUAUAUCGUUGCAUGAUUUUUAGCUAUAGUUUGUAUAUAUGGGCUAAUGUUCAGUUCAAACAUCGUGUUUAUCUUACUACCAUAGUACUCAAAUUUUCACCAUGGAGAAGGACCUUAAGGAGAACAGUUCCUCGGGCGCCGUGUGUGUUUCAUAUUAUCCCAUAUCAUAUAGCUGACAUUGUUAAGUGUGUAAUCCUUAAGUUGUAAGCGAAGUGAAAGUGAAGUUCCACUGCGAUGGCGUAAGAAUCCCCCCUCCAGAACAACUUGCCAUACAGUGAAGGAUGAAAAAAAGACGUUUAGAAACGACUUCAUUUAAGUAAUUAAAUUUUAACGUUAUAACUUUAUUGAUAACAUUAUGAAACCUAAUAGAGAUUUGUAGGAUUAUACAACCGAGUAGGGUUCAAUAGAAUUUGUGGAGUUUCCGUUACUGUAGUUAAUGUUUUAAAAAUGUCCAUGUAUGUCAAAAUGUGGAAAUAAACAUCUAAAAGUGUGUUCUAA